AAACAAAUAUGUUACCAUGGUAUUGUGUACGACCGGUGCAUUUUUAAUACAAAUACUGGUUUCCCUUAACCGCAAUAACCUGUCUUUAUUUUAAGUCGUGCUAAUUAUGGAUAUUACACACCUCCUUCGCAAUUACCUGGGUUUAUUUUAAGGCAAAGCGGGAGCGGACAAGGACCGACCAAGAAUGUAUUAUAAAGAAGCAUCCCCAAAAACAUAGACAUGAGGUGCAAGGAUUUAAAUAGGCCACCAGGAACACGUGCAAGGGGCGCGAAAACUCGAAAAAUUCCGAAAUCGCGUAUUUUCCUGGUCCACUAGAUUGAACACACCAGAGGACACAGAAUGAGUGAAUUAGACCAGUUCGUUAACAAAUCAAAGACAGCUACAAGUGUCAGCAAUACCGACCGAGUACUCCGAGAAAACAAAACAGUGGUCGAUGGUGCGUCUGACAACAAAGCGUUGGAAAUGGACACCAAAAGGGCUUGUGUAUCAGCCAACGGAACAUUAAAUGUAGAUCUCUGUAUCCAUUAUAUUCAAAGACUGAUACAAACUCAACUGCCAAAAGACAUAUGGGGUUUGGACCGGGUUUCUCGUGUACUCACAGAGCUCACAUUGCCUAUUUGUCUAGAUGGUUUGAAAGUAGAACAUUACAACCCGGAAUCCCAGAUUUGCUGCAAUGGUGUUAUCAGUAAUAGAGACAAGCACAAUAAAAGCUGCUGUCACGGAGAAGUGAUCGACAACACAGCUUUUCUAUGUUGCAACGACGUUAAGUAUGAAAGAAAUGAAAGCAAUGGUUGUUGUGGAACAUUCGAGUAUGACAAACGCACAAAAGGAUGUUGUGGUGGAAUGUUACACAACAUUUCAGAAAAACAAACUUGUUGCCAUGAAAAUACGGAAUUGACAUUACCAGGUAAAUGCUGCAACGCAAUGAGCAUUGAUGGAUCAUGUAUGUCUUGUGUAAAUGACACACUAGCGGAGAUAACUCUUGAUGCCUCAACUGAUCUAUGUUGUAGGGGAAUGGGGAAAAAGAGAAGCCGUGUGUGCAGCAACGGUAAUUUGAACGAAACUGUGACUGAAGGUACGCUUUAUUACAUGUUGUGUAUCAAUAUAAAUUAUAUAAGUUGUACGUAUUUUAUGUUAAGAAUGUUCAGGAUUAUAAAAAAAACUGUCCACUGCUAUGUUGAUAAAGAGCUUUGAUGACGAUUCAAGGGA